ACCUCCACGAAGGGCACUGAGAGUUUGUCUUUUUCAGGUCCGUGUCAUCUUGCUGAACUGGUGCGCUUGGUUUCUCAGAAUGAAAAAACCAGGGGAGAACAUCCGGCCUCUCUCUUGCCGAUACGGCCACUCGAGGCACCAGUCCAGUGUCAGCAGUGUAGAGAUGAACAUCUUACCAGGACACCAUUCUAGCAAUGGCAACAUGAUCUAUAGCUACCAUGCCAUGGAAAAUCCCUUCUGCCCACAGAAUAAUGAGAUGGACACCAAGGGCGGAAAGGACCAGAGCUCUUUGCCUGAAGAUAAUGACAGCACUCAGAGAAAAGUUUUAAUGGACGCCAUCCCAGUGAUUGUGAAAAUCCUGGAAGAAGUUCAAUUCAUUGCAGCCCGUUUCCGGAAACAGGAUGAAGGGGAAGAGGUCUGCAGCGAGUGGAAGUUCGCAGCUGCUGUCAUAGACAGAUUGUGCCUGGUGGCAUUUUCACUUUUUGCCAUCAUCUGCACGCUUACAAUUCUCGUGUCCGCUCCGAAUUUUAUUGAAGCUGUUACAAAAGAUUUUACAUAAGGCUCUCCGAGAUGAGUAGAAAAAUGCUCCGUGUAAUUGGAAAUUAUGAAAUGGUGCCAUUAAUUUUGAAGAACAACGAGACUUUCUGUGCUGAAUUUGGUAUUUAAAACAAAGAAGUCGGCACGGGUUUCAAAUUCCAAUUGUUUCCCCGGUGUUAGAUAUUCUAGAUACAGAAUUGGCUCUGUUACUUGUUAUUUGUUUCAAAUAGUGUCUUCUCCCUAUACCUGUGAUCAUAAUCACCAAUAAUAUUAGACAAGAAAUCAGACACACAGCAUACACUUUGCUGAGUAAAUAGAACAUAUACUGUAUAUGCUACUAGGAAACACUAGUGAACAUGUUGCUGCAUUGGUAAAUUCUUCCUAGAAACAUGAUCUUUGCUAAAUGUAUCAUUUUCAAUAUUUUUGUUUGGCAUCGUUGUUUAACACAGAUUUCAUCUACAGUAAUGUAUUGAAUAAUGCUGUCAGUAGCUGUUUGCCAAAUAAACGGCAAGUUUUAGCUUUUAUUAUCACUGUGAUAAUCUGAAACAUUUUCCACUUGAUAACAAUGUGAAGUCAAUGCAAUACUUUUUUCUAAUAAGUUAAAAAUGUUUUCAUUGUUGAAUAUUCUGUUUUUCUAUUACAUAAAUUACACCCUUUCCCUAAUCUGCAGCUGCAGCUGCUCACUUAUUAUCUUUGUCUUUGAAUGUAUGUCUGAACAUCUCCAAUGUCCUUAAAUUGCAUUUACCAUAUUGAUUUUAAUUUUCUUACAAUUGAUAUAUACCACAACCCCAAACGUGCACAGAAAGCAGCACGUUUCACUUAUUACUGACAACUAUUGAUAGAAAUCAGAGAUAUAGUCCGAUGAGCAAAAUUAAUGCACAUCAAAGCAAGAUUCAGUUUUUCUGCACUAUAUUGCUUUGAAUGGAAUACACAUUCCACUCACGCGUAACUGCACAUUAAAACUUGGGCAUGACUACUUGAAUUGUAGUUUUUACCUUCUACAGCAAAAAUUAUAAAGUUUUUUUUCCAUAGAAUAAAAAGAUUCAAGAGUCUCAGAAGCCUAUAAGAUCACAGAAAGAUGUUGUUACUCUAACUCCCCCCCCCCAAUUGACACCACGGUUAAUGAAUAAAGGAUUUUUCCCUGAUUUUUUCCAUUCAUUAAGACCAUGGGUUUUGUUUGUUUUUUUUACAAUAAGUCUUCAGGAUUGAAAUAGUGAUUUGCCAAAUGCAGAUAAUCGCACCAUACAUUAAACUCACCCAAGAUCACAAUUUGUACCCAUCAACUCUUGGAAGUAUACAAUGUAAAAUUUUCCAAUUGUUUGCAAGCUGCCAAAUUGUGAUGAUAGCUUUCCCCAAUAAUUAUUUCAUGUAGAAAGGUUCGAGAGAAACCGAGGAAGGACGUAUGACAUUUUACAGAUAAAACAGAAGCAGCCAAGACCAUUGGUUUUUUUUUUAAAGGAUCUUCUUUUAUAAUCAGAUUGCAUUUACAAAGAAAAUGAAAUAAAAAGACUAAAAGGAUAAAAUUCACAAUAAGAUAAUAAUUUGAUACAAAACAUGCACUUUUUUGACAUUUUUUAAAAACAGCUGUAUUACUGAUGCAACAAUCCAUGUAAUCUGCCUAUGAAUACAUGCAAAGGAAUGGAGAGAAAUGAAAAGUGAAUAUUGAUUCCUGAAUAUUAAAACCAAGUUGAAGAGAA